AUGAAAAGAGUAUAUAUUUCUCUGUAUUCUUUAUCUUCUUAUGUCUUCUUAUCUUCUUAUGUCUUUGUCGUCAGACUAAGAGUCAUCGUAGGUCGUCGUCGCCUAUUUCUUUUUUGUCACAUUUUUGUUUACCGUACCUCUACUUUUUUGUUUGCGAGUACAACCAAAAAAGAUAUAAAAUCAAGUGUAUUGGUGGUUGGAUUGUUUGGUUUAUUCAUCACUCUCUUAUCAAUAUUUCAUUUUAUACAAUGGGCUGAUCAAUCUGGUCAACAACAACAACAUAUAAAAGAAGAAGAAGAUAAUCAUGGUGAUGAUGAUGAAUCAACGAUUGAAAGAUAUAUAAUUAAUAAUAUCAUUAUUGUUAUUGCAUUUGUUGCACAACAUAGUUUACUUGCAACCGAUAUUGUAAAGUCUAUAUUUACUGCUGGUGGUCCUGCCAUCAAAAGUAUAGAAAGAUCAGUCUAUCUCAUCUCUACAUCGGUUGCAAUCGAGGCAAUGAUCUUUUUCUGGCAACCUUUGGAUAGUCUUGUGGUUUGGAAGAACAAUGAUUACGAAUCGAUUUGUUCAAAUCUUAGAAUCAUCGCAUUGCUCUUGAUGGGUAUAGAGUUUAUUUCAUUAUUAGAUAUUUGGGAAUUCUUUGGUAUUAAACAAAUUUAUAGAUAUAUAUUAAACAAAGAUACAUCAUCAUUAACAUCAUCAUCGAUGAAAUCAUCUACAACAACAGAAGAAGAGUCAAGACAAAAUAGAAUAUUAAAGAAUAUGAGACACCCCAAUCUAAUUGGGUUGUUAACAUUAAUGUGGUGUAGACAUUAUAUGACAUUUGACAUGUUGAUAGUAUGUGUAAUAUUUACAUUUUACUAUUUCAUUGGUAGUUCAUUAUCCAACAAAGACCAAAAAACAGUUUCUUCAAUGUUGAAACAACAAAAAAGAGCCUAA